AUGUCCUCGCCGCCACCAAACCCGCCCCCAAAUGCCAACCCGCUAAAACGCACAUCCAUAUCCUCAGCAUCAGUAAGCCAACAGAACCUCAAGCGCCAGCGCAUGCACCCGCUCCGCCAGACCUCGUUUCCUGUGGACCCGGAUCUGCGCGCGUUCAGCGCGACAGCGACAAGUGAUGCUGGUAGCGUGACGGGGAGUUUCACGGGGAGUUUAGGCGGUGCAAGCGCCGAUGGAGUCUUCAGGAGGAAACGCGGGCGGAAAAGCAAAGCUGAGAAGGAGCGGGAAAAGGAACGUGAACGUGAACGGGAGAGGGAUAGGGACAGUGAGGAUGCGGUCAGUGUUGCCAAGGGUGGUGCAGGUGGUGGAAGUAUGGCAGGUGGACAGAAUGGGGGCGAAGAAGGCUACGAAGACGAUGACUUUGACGACGAAGGGGAGCUAUUGGGGAGGGAAGAGGGGGCUGAGCGUGAAGAUGUGGAGGGGGAGAGAAAGAAUCUUGCAUUACUUGUGGACGCCUUUAACCCCCGGCAGUCCGAACGGUACGACUUAUUCAAGCGAGCGAAGCUGAGAAAGGAGACGUUGCGGCGGAUUGUCAACCAUGCACUUUCACAGUCUGUCCCGGCCAGUGUUGUGACUACGAUCAAUGGAUUUACGAAAGUGUUCGCCGGAGAGAUGGUCGAAAAGGCACGAACGGUCCAAAAGGAGUGGGCGGAUGCGCACGACCAAGCGGCACUAGCUUGGCUUCGCCAGGACGAUCCGACAAGCGAAGAGACGAAUCAAUCUGCAACAAAUAAUGAACAUCUCACGAGGGUAAAAAGUGAGCCGGCGGAGACGGACGGGGACGUGAGCUCAGGUGCUGCUGAAGUGUUUCGGGUUUCGGCACAUAGUGGAAGUGGUUCCGUCAAGCUUCCGCCCAACCCACACCGCGGACAGCUGCUCCCAGCCCACCUCCGAGAGGCCCUUCGACGUUAUAAGCGAGACGGCGAAGGCGGCGGUGUUGGCUUCUCUGGGCUGAGUCUGGGGAACUUGGGGGUCCGAGGGUCAGCAACGUGGAGUGCGGGCGUGGGAGGACGGCCACUGUUUCGGUGA